GGAUAUAGGUGAACCAAAGCAGAAGAUGAAGACGAAAAAUUUUCGGAAAAGAAAUAUAGAAGACGUAGUAGAAGAAGACCAAAUUCUAAGAAACAAUGGUUCAGAUGGCGAAGAAGAAGAAAGGCGAUUGGCGUUAGAAGAGGUGAAAUUCCUUCAGAAACAGAGGGAGAAGAAGUGGGGAAUUGCAGCAAUAAGUAGUAGCACAAUAGUGCAGCGUAGUGGUGUUGGCGGCGGCGGUGGUGGUGGUGGUUUGGUUGCAAAGAAAGCAAGCGAGAAGAACGAUGGGGAUGGGGAGAAAGACGAAUUGGUCUUGCAGGAUACCUUCGCUCAAGAAACUGCUGUCAUGGUCGAAGACCCCAAUAUGUACGCUCAUUUCUUCUUCCUUUCCUUCUCUACCUGUGUUGUGUUUUCUUCCCCUCUAAUCAUAUCUAUUUAAUUUGAAUACCCUUUUUUCUUUUUUGGUAUUUUUGUUACACACUGCUAAAUUUAGUAUUUCACACUAUCUGCUUGUAGUUAACAAAACGAAACCAAACCAAGCAUUGUGUCUAGGGUUGUUCAUGGGUCGGUUUUGAUACUAAAUUUAGCACCAACCCAAUCAUAAUCGGUUCAAAAUUUUUGGACUCAGAACCAAACCAAUUAUGCAGUAGAACCAGCCCAACCCAAUGCAGCUUGGGUUGGUUCAGACAAUAUUAAAAAUAAGUGAAUAAAUCAAUAAUAAGGCUUUAACGUUUAAACAUAACACAGACAAAGAGUAAAUUAUUGUUUAAUGCAAGCUAAUACGAAUUAAAUCUAACUCAACUGUAAACAUAACUAAUACAAAUUAAAUUCAUUCAUAUAAUCAAUACAAAUUAAAUCAACUGUGAAAUCUAGCUUAGUCUUCUAGUAUGUCCUUCGUCCACCUAAUAAUUUUUGUAUGUGAAAAAUUAUUUGGUGAAAUCAAGUUCAUUGUAAUAGACCAAUUGGGUGAAAAUAUGCCAAUAUAAAUAAAAUUAAAAAAAUAUAUAUAUGUUUGGUUUUCAAGUUAGUUUGGUUUAGACAAAGCUUAAAUCAAGAACUAACCCAAUCCUAUCGGGUUGAUGAUUUGAAGACUUAGAACCAAACCAAUGCACUCAACUAUGAAGUACAGACUCCUUUUCGGACGUCACAUACAUGUGUUCGAUUCAUUGGAAAGAGUCGAACACGUUGGGAAGCUUGGUACACGCUGGGGACAAGCUGGGGACACGUUAAGGACACGCUGAUGACUAUUUUUAAUUUUUUUUUACUAAAAUAGCAUACCUAAGUUUGAUAAAAUUAAAUAUUUGACAUAAAAUACAAAUUAAAUAUUUAAAAAUAUGACAUAAUAAAUAUAUAAAAUUAUAUGUUUUGCAUGCAUCCAUAACAUGUGGUGUCCUGCAUUUUUUAAAAAUUUGCGUAUCAGCGUGUUUGUGUCAUGUCAACUGUCCAUGUCCGUACUUCUUACUAGGCACUCAAAAACCAAACCAACCUAACCCAAAGAGGUUGAUUUGGUUCGGUUCUUCGAUUCAUUGAGUAAUUUGAAUACCCCUAAUUGUAUCCAAUCAAGUGGAGUUAGCUACACAAAUCAUUUUUUGUCAUUCAAUUCUAUUUUGAUCGACUGCGUGUUUAGUUAAAUUAAAUAAAUUCAUAUAUAUUUUUUUACUACAGCAUCCCAUUUCAAGGUCUUCCCCUCGUCCCCCUAGCAUAUCUCCAUUUGGGGUGAUCCUUUUUUCUUCUCCCCCCUAGCAUCACCAUUCAGCUCUAUCUGUGCUCACCAACAUUUGCAGAAAUGUGAUGGAACCAGAGUUCUAUCUCUAUGGUACUUUAGUGGCUGAAAAAGCACGGAAGGUCACUUUGAGAGGAUUUGACCUCCUUACCUUUAAGCAAAAUUCUUAUUGAAUGCAUAAAAUAGCCUUAUGGCAUCUACAACCAGAACAUCAGCUAGCAAAGGAAAAUAAUAAAAAAUUUACAGGGACCAAAAAAAUAAAAUAAAAAAGGGGCCAAAACAUUGGUGUAAUUAAUUCCUUUAUUCCAGCACAGUCCCGUGAUGAUGACAUGGAAAAUACAACAAUAGGAAGCAAUUGUAUCAAAAUAUUCUUAUUUUUCUUAUUAUUAUCAUUAUUAUUUCUUAGUAAUUGUUAUUUUUAUUAUUGUUGUUAUUAUUUAACAAAAUGAUUAGGUCAU